AUAUUUUUAUGUUUUUUAGUCCUUCCCACUGACCACAACCCAAGCCUCCAUGGAACAGAUUCAUCUGAAGAAGGACUUUGAAGAACAGGAAAGUAGAAAACCAAUGGUGACCGUUGACACAUACCAACAUGCUAAUAUUGACAGGGACACUGGAUGUCCACAGAGAGGAUUUGGUUCCGUUUUGCCAAGGCAUCAUGCUGAUCAUGACAAGCGUCACCUAGAGACAACCAACAGGGCAGAUUACAAACCACCAUUUCCAUAUAGUCCAGCCCCAGUAAGUUAAAUGACAAUAGGAAAAACUGUAGCUUGGUUGCUGAGAUUCUUUCCGCUAUGUCAAGGUUCGAGGUUCGAUCUCCGUGCCAUACCCCAAGCCUCAUUAUAGACGCAGUGGUGUAACGCCGGAGCUUAGGGCCUGUGGCUUCAUAAGAGUGGGGGCCCUUGCAGGUUUAGGGUUUAGAUUUAACUGCAGUUAGCUCGUCUUAUUUUGUCGAUCAACAUUCAGAGCCUCAACAGGCUUCUGUAGCUCAGAUUCCCUAGUGGCCCUAUGGAUCUGUCGGAGAUCCUUUAGGGGUCCUAUUGAUCGGUGCCCUUGCAGACUGCCGCACGAAAGCGCACAGGUUUUAUGCGUCUGCAUAGCUGCAUAUUGCAGUUGAGUAUUAUUUUUGCUAAUCGCUGUGUGGGGCGGUGUGCGCUGAACCAUGACUUGCUUUCACUCCCAUGGGAUCUAUUCAAUCAAGCUUGUCUGUGAAGUGCAGCUUAUAGCGUACCAUCUUUUCAAAGGGACUUUGAAGUUGCUUGUCCCAUGUACUACAUGAUCCAUGUAUAUGUUAAAAAACAUGUAUCACUCUUUGAAAAUGAGCAAAGGAUUGGCCCCUGGUUUACUACUGAAUUUACAAAAUUCUGGUUUACUACUGAAUUUACACUCAGGGGUGACACUGCUCUAUGUCUACCAUCUCUCUCCCUUCAGAAGUAUAGAUAAGUACCUUUUAUUAGAUUGUUGUAGCAUUGAAUGUAUUGUCCUGUGUUCAUUAUAUAAAGCUUGACUAGAGUGUAGAGGAGCUUGUGCUUUGGGCACUUUUUGCAGAUUUAUAGAUCCAGUGACCUUCUGGCAAUAACACCAUUUCCAGCACCAUGUAUCCCUUUGCAACAUGUGUAAAAUAAAUUCCUUUACAUUAUUACUGCAGCUUAUGCAAAGACUGUUAACUAGUUAAUUGUUGACUAGUUGAAGUCCUUGGUUUAUGAGUCCAUUAGACUGUAUUACUUGACUACAGUGGCGUAUCUAGCGAGGUAUGCACGUUCCUUCAAAAAUUACUUGCUUCCCCCAGUCUCGCC